AUCAAGAAGAAUCAGAAAAAAGGCGGUAAAAUUUUGUUAGACUUCCAUUGUUGUGGUUGAUUUUUUAUGAGCGAAUUCCGAUAAAGUAGGCCAUGGCGUCUCUUUUUGGCGACGAUGGUGUGGAUGACCUGUUCAAUGACAAUCUGCCUGCGGAUCCGGAUCAGUUACCCAGCGAUGGCGAGGGUGAAAAGCUGUUUGCGGACGACGAUGAAAACGGAGGAGAACCUGGUAGCCAGGAAGGUCAAAAAGUAGAGCCAAAAAAACGGGUGGCAAGGAAUUUCCGACCACGGUUGACAGUGGAAACACUACGUGGACCCAGAGGCAUCCAGACUAUCGAAGACUAUUUCAAGGACAUCAAGUUUAAGGGCAAGGGACAUGAGAAAGCCGAUCUCGACGAGGUACUUCGACGCCUGCAGCACUGGGGUCAUCGCAUGUAUCCCACCUACACCUUCGAUGAUGUGCUUAACAACAUCGAGCGGCUGGGCAAAAAGAAACCACUGCAGGUGCACAUGACGCGAUACCGUCUCGGGCAGCUGGAGGAGAUGCGCGCCCAUGAGGCGGAGGCCAUGGACGAGGCGCAGGAUGAGCAGCAGGACGGAGCCGGCGAUGAACCCUUCGAUGAGUUCGACGCCCUGCUGGGCGAACAGAUAGCCAUUUCCCGUCUGGAUCCGCGCACCCCGCACCAGAGGAAAAUGUCCACUGCAUCCAGUAACAGUACGCUAGCCACUCCGUCAUUCUCACGUGGAAACGCUGUAAUGUCCACGCCAUACUCAGCGGUAAAUACAUCCACCUUGCACCGGAAUGGAGCUCCGGCGGCUCCCACCUUCGACCGCAAUGGAGCUCCGGUGGCUCCCACCUUCGACCGGAAUGGAGCUCCUUUGGCUUCGCUGGACAUCAGUGAUUAUGGCCAUCCACUGCCUCCUUCCCAGCCGCCAACGCCAGCUGCCAAGAAAUUAUCCGCCGAGCAAAUGGCGAGGAUUGCGGAAAACCGAAGAUUGGCGCAGGAAAGACUUAAGGCCAAGAAGCUGCAGGAGACCCAGAGUCCCAGCUGAUGAUCCGAAUAAAUUUAGGAACGUUAAUUUGUAUAAUAAUUAUUAAAAUAAAUGUAAAUUAAUUUUAUAAAUGGUAAAGAAAGUUUAUUCAGAUAUG